AUGGCUGAAUCCACCACCCUUAUCUUCGUUCCCGGCGCGUGGCACGGCCCUGACUACUACGACCCCGUUGUGGAACGCCUGGAAGCAGUCAACUACAAAACCGACAAAGUUCACUUGCCCUCCGUUGGCCCAUCCGAGUAUCUCUUGAACUUCGAUGCGGACGUUGCGCAAAUUCGCUCCCGGAUCGAACGAGCAGUGGAUGCCGGCCAAAAGGUCGUCUUGAUAGUUCACUCUUACGGUGGCUUGCCCGGAAGCGAGGCAAUCAAAGGCCUAGACAUCAAGACACGCGAGAAGAACGGUCUUCCCGGAGGCGUCACGCAUCUCUUCUACUGUUCCUCUUUCAUCAUCAAGGAAGGAGAUUCGCUGAUUGGUGCCUUUGGUGGAAGUGACCUCCCGUGGUUUGUUGUCAGCGACGACAAGUUGCAAGUCAAUCCUGCCGAUCCCGUGGGAACAUUCUACAACGACCUUACUCCCGCCCAGAUUGAGACUUGUCUUGCCGACAUCAAGCCUCACAGUUAUCAGACCAUGCACAGCCCUUGCACCUAUGCCGCGUGGAGAGAUGUGCCAAGUACUUACAUGUACUGUCUUCAGGAUGCUGCUAUUCCCAUUGAGAUUCAAAAGGGAAUGGUCGAAGGAACAGCCGGUGGAUAUGACAUUAAGACAGAGACAGUGGACGCAUCUCACAGCCCAUUCCUCAGCAAGCCUGAUGAAGUUACUGCGGCGAUUCGUCGGGCUGCUGGGGAGGUUGUUUGA